AUGUCACAAACUGAAGUAGCCAUGCGAGACCAAGAGGAAGCUGUCAACACGGGCCAUCAACCGUCUCAACCCUCCCCUGACAAUGAGCCCGACACAUCUGCUCAGUCCAACAAACAACCCGAAUUGAUCGCGAACGAGGAACAAUCUGAAGCCGAGCGCCCGGAAACCCACGAAUCGGACAACGCAGCAAGCCGCAAACAAGCACCCAAGCGGAGACCUGGACUACUGAGCGAAGAGCAACGGCUGGCUUAUGUAGCCUCCUUGCUACGCUUUAGCUAA